ACAUGUGCAAAUGUUUAAAUGCUUUCGUAUUAAUAUAUAUUUAUGUUAUAUCAUACUAACUAAAAGCAUGAAUACAUCAGAGCGAGUGAAUUCUGUUUAACGUGACAGUCCGCAUCAUCACUAUACAUUGUAUAACAGCGCUGCACGGACCCGACAAACCGGUGAACAAAAUGAAGAACGAGAAAUGGGGUUCCCACGUGGAUUACAUGAUGACACUUCUUGGCUACUCAAUUGGGGUGGGAUGCAUGUGGAGGUUUCCGUACCUGUGUGUGAGAAACGGCGGAGGAGCAUUCUUGAUACCGCUCAUGGUAUUCUUGAUCAUCGGCACAGUACCCUGUGUGUUUCUGGAGACUGUGAUUGGUCAGUUCUCUCAGAGUGGACCAAUCAACGCCUGGAACCUGUGUCCACCGUUUAAAGGUAUGGCAAUGGGAUCCGUCCUGAUCAGCGUAUUCUACAGCACCUACUAUUCCGCCCUGUUUGCCUGGUUCCUCUACUACUUCUAUUAUUCCUUCUCUCCCAUCAUUCCCUGGACUCGCUGUGACAACCCAUGGAACACGCCAUCGUGCAUAUCUCACAACAACGUCGACGAUGCUAACGUUACACAUGAUUCUGUUGCCAUGACCAAUGCAGCGAAGAUCAUUCAUAACACCUCUUUCUUUACUAAUGGGACCAUGCAUGUGACGGCGAUGACAUCGGCUGAAGAAUUCUGGAAGUAAGCCUGAAUAACGCUUUUUUGUGAUACGCAAUCUGGAUGCUAUGUAUAGAAAGUGAUUUUAGAAAGAUUUCAUAGACGUCUAUUAACAGUCAUGAUGUGAUCUUCAGAUGAUCUCAAACAGUAAAAUCAUAAGACACUCUGGUGAGAUUAACCACAACUUGAACAAAGGACAUUGGUUCCGUAAAUUCGUAACAGUGCAGCCGUUUCAGGACAGAUAUAGGUCCAAUUGUGCACUUUGUCAUAAAAAAAACCACAUGGAACUUGGCACAGUUGCAAUUAAUGACACUCCUUCUCUUUUCAGAUAUUGGUUGGUUUGUUGUUUUACGCCGCACACAGCAAUA